AGAACAGCUUCCGCUUUUGAUAUCGAUACUUCCGCUUUGGUUGCCGCUGUGGAGGAUGAUAAAGCCAAACAAACAACUGGCGCACGAUCCCGCAACUCAAGACAAUCAAGUCAAGAGAAAAGCAAGCGUUUGACAGGACGUAUCUUGACAGUCGGUGCUUUGGGAGGAUCUGGUUUCAUCAUUCAACAGCUUGGAAGAGAAUGGGAUACAGUUGAAGAGCGGGAAAAGCAUGGAGAUAACCCGAUGUCCAAUAACUUCUUGGGAAGGCUUCGGUUGAGAAUGGGAGACAUGUACAGCUCCAUCAAAGCUCCUGCUUGGGCAAAGUUACUUCCCGACCCACUACCGUUCCCCUACCAAAGACCUUAUACUUUAGUGCUGGAUGUUGAUGAUCUAUUAAUUCACAGCGAAUGGUCAAGACAACACGCAUGGAGAACGGCCAAGAGACCUGGAUUGGAUUAUUUCCUUGGCUAUCUCUCACAAUGGUAUGAAAUCGUGCUUUUCUCCAGACAGCCAAUGUACAUCGUUGCGCCAGUAGUGGAAAAGCUAGAUCCGGAUAUGCGAAUUAUCAGUUAUACUCUUUUCCGAGAAAGUUGUAGAAUGUUGGAUAACGGACAUGUGGUCAAAGAUCUUUCGCAUUUAAAUCGCGAUUUGAGCAAAGUUAUUGCAAUCGAUACAAAUCCCGAGGCGCUAGAAUUGAACCCUGAGAAUGCGAUCGUUUUGAAGCCAUGGAAAGGUGAUUCGAAAGAUACAGAUUUGGUUGGAUUGAUCUCUUUCUUGGAAGCCAUUGGUAUCUAUAAUAUCCAAGACGUUCGACAGACACUCAAAGCAUAUGAAGGUACACACAUCCCCACUGAACACAUCAAGCGUCAAAAGGCAUUGAAAGAAAGAGAAGAAGAAGAAUGGAAGGCAAAACAAGCAGACGCAAAGAAUUCAUUCUUGGGCAGUCUAAGAGGCGCAAAGGGUGGCGAGAUGCCAAAGAAUUGGUAUGAAAUGGAACAAGAACGAUUCAGACAAGGUUAUUUGGAAGAUCAAAAGUAUUGGCGUGAAAAUGGAGAAGCAUUACGUCAACAAGCAAAAGAUGAACAAGAGAAAAAGUUGAAAGAAAUGAAAUUGAACGCUUGGGGCUUCUUGACUGGA